AUGUGUGAUAUAAUGCCAACAAUUGCAGAAGAUGGCAAUUCAAGUCAAGGUGAUCAUGACUCGCAAGUUGGUGCUGAGGGAAAUACUGUUGAAGAUAUGCUAUUAAGCAUUUUGGACGAACGUGAUCGACUGAUGGAGAACUUCCAAGAAGCGCAGGAACAGUUAAAUUAUUCACAGAAUCGAUUAAGUGAACUUGAACGGGAAAAGGAUUGUCUUUCGCGCCAACUCCGUGAGAAGGUUCCCGAGGAUAUUGCGGUACUAGCCAAAGAUGUUCAAUUUUACCGAGAUCAGUUACUGGAACGUGAGGAUGAGAUUCAAGAAUUGAAGGCUGAAAGAAGCAACACUCGACUGUUGUUGGAACAUUUGGAGUGUCUGGUGGCGCGACACGAGCGUUCGCUACGGAUGACAGUGGUAAAGCGGCAGAUGUCGAGUCCGGGCGGGGUGAGCUCCGAGGUGGAGGUGUUGAAAGCACUGAAGUCGCUGUUCGAGCACCAUAAAGCCAUGGAUACGCGUCUGCGCGAGCGCCUUCGUGCUGCUCUCGAGCGCGCCGCUCAACUGGAGGAGGAGGUUCGUGCUUCUGCCUCAGACCGCGCUACCCUCCGCGAACAACUGGCUGCCGCCCUGGCCAACAUCGCCGCCAGCACAAGCAAUGGUGUAGCGACCGACCCUGAGUGCAAGAAGGACGCUGUCGACUCAGUGGAGUCACAGCCUCCCGGUGGUCCGCCCGUGAAUGGUGCGGAAGUGGGAGGCGGUGGGAAGGAGGGAGGAAAUGGCGAAGGCACCAACUACGCUGCCGUCGCCGCUGCGGCCGCUGCCAGCGCUGCUGCGACCGAGCGCAAACUCGUUGAAGUGACGGAGCGGGCACGUGACCUGGAAUCCACCAUCACAACACUUCAGAAGGAGCUUGGACGUGCACAGGAUCAAGUGGCGCGACUGCAGCGGGACUUGCGCGAGUCGGAGGCGCAACGCGAAGAUCAGGAAUCUCGCAUCUCGACCUUGGAGCAGCGCUAUCUUGCUGCUCAGCACGAUGCCACCGCGGCCCACGAAAAGGCCAAUCGCAUCGACGCCGAUCUUAUCAGUCGCGACUCCGAGCUCAAGCAGUCUGAAGAGCGGGUGAAUCAUCUAAAGGUAGAAGUGGACAUGCUGCGAAACAAAAACGAGGACUUGCAAGUGAUGCUGGAAAAAUACCAGAGCCAGGAGGGCGAUCAGCCGGCCCCGGUGGCUUCAGGCAGCGCUGCCUCCCCAACAGAUCCCUCUGCUGUAGCCUCUGUCCCCUCCGCCACGGAGGCCAGCGAGCUGCAGGAGUCAAGCAUCCGAGCGAUGCGCGCCGAGCUAACCCAGGCCGAUGACCGACUGCGUGAGGUGCAAGCCGCCAUGGCUGAAACCCAGGCGGAGCUUCAACGCGCCAGACAGCGGGAGAGACUCAAUGAAGAUCAUAGUGCUCGUCUCACUGCUACUGUCGACAAACUUUUGCUGGAGUCAAACGAACGCCUGCAGACGCAUCUGCGGGAGAAGAUGGCUGUGAUGGAGGAGAAAAAUCAAUUGACAGCGGAGUUGGAUCGCGUUCGCCGUCAGAUGGAGUCUAUUCAGUCGGAACGCGAUCGACUGGUGAAUGAGUUGGACCGGCUUCGGCGUCAAGCCUCGCUAGCGGAAUCCCUUGACCUGCCCAAUCUCAACAUUUGGUGCACGCCGGGCACCGUGCGGCCACAGCGCGCGUCCCUGUUGCGCCGACCUGCGAGCCUCUACCUUUCAGCCCACGAAAAACCUGGCCCACUAAGUUGGCGCCAGAAGAACUGUUUCGGGGGAUCUGCGAUCAUACCUUCGAAGUACGACAGCUAUUCUGGCUUCGGCAGUGGUUCACUUGCCAGAAACUCAUCGCAAGUUAAAAAUAGUGUGGAUGGUCCGACCAAUGUCAUUAGCCCUUCAACUGCCGUCUCAGCGAACCUCUCCGCCGAUAGCAAGCCCACCGCGAACUCUCAAAACACCAGCGACGCCCAGGCGCUUGCAUUACUAAUUCAGGAUCAAUUGGAUGCAAUCAACAACGAAAUCAAACUAAUUCAGGAGGAGAAACAGAACACGGAGCAACUGGCAGAAGAGUUGGAGUCGCGCGUCGUGCAGCAUUCGAAUCCAUACCUCUUCGAGGCAACAGCAACAACUGCAGCAGUGCACCAGCAAGCAGGCGGCGGCAGCCGGGGGACUACCAUCGCCUCCUCGGUGCCUCCGCACCUUCCCGGUUUCGGCCCUACAGGCUGGUCACCACCGCCAUCUCCGCUCACGGGCCGAGUGGGCACUCCUACCACUCUGCAUACCGUCAUAACCACCGGUUACGGGGCCUCCAUGGUUCCUGCGCAUCGUGCAACUGUUGCCGCUGCAACCCACUACCCUUACACGACGGGGCGCGCGGGACCCCUCUUCCCUGGCGGUACCCCAGCUCCACAGCGUGCCAACUCAGCCAUGGCACAGCUCCUCUGUCAGCCACAGGCACUAAACGAGUAUGACGGUAUCGCACCAGCCGAGAGUCAUUUUCAACGCCAGCGUUCGAAUCCUGAGCCGGUACAAAGACAGGGUUCAUCCGUCAUGACUAGUAAUCCGCAGGAGAGCCCCUAUGAAUUUGGCCCGGACAACGUUAGCGUCAGUCAGUUGCAGAUGUGGCGACCGGAGAACAACGGCGAGAAGGUUCCCGAGGACCUCUCCUAUCCCGUUCAGAGGGCUUCCAGCAGUUUAGGACAGGCCUAUCCCAACCAAUCAAUAAACGGCGUCAGUGCUCCCUCUCCUUUGAGACAAUCUAAUACCUCUAGCACUGCUCGCAUUUUUAGCGGCCGUAACCGCAGCCUCCAGCACCUGAUGGAAGCGGAAGCCCUGAGACUGAAUGAGAGUGGCCGCCCCAACUCGGCCAGUCCGGUGCCGCCUAAGCCCCAAUUUCGCGUUCCCUCUGCAACCAUUGCGCAACCUCCCGCCUCCCCUGAGCCACCCCCAGGCCCCAGCCACCGGCGUCACUCCGUCCCCUCUUACCGCAUUGCCGUCUCCGGUAGUGCAGUGCGCCCUAGGGCUCCCAUGGGAAAUGUGCCGGUGGCCACUUCUGGAGCGCUGUUAGAGAGCCCCGGCUCUAGCGCGUCCUCAAAGUCUGACCCCACAGUUGCAAACGCACCGAAGCAACUCGCCCUUGGUGGCCUCGUGCCCGCCUCCUCACCAUACAACACCCACUUUCCGCAUGAAGGCGACGUGCCUUUGAUUGGCACCCACUUCCAUCACCAACUUCUUCCUACCUCCGUCGCCCUCUCCACCAUCACCACUACCACCGCUGCGGCCACCCUUGGCGCUGCCAAACUAAUGUUGCUCCAGCGCGUCGGGGCGGCUGCCUCGCAGUUCUCACCGUCACCUACGCCGAGUAAGAAGAAGUCGAUCACUGGCACUCUGGGCCGGAUCUUCAAGCGUGGCGGAAAGGACCAGCCACAAAUUGGGCUGCCACAAAGCCCUAUAAUCCACCACCAACAGCGAUUCGCAUCCACUUCACCGUCUCUGGGCAUCACCUACAACCCACAGGCUACGGCCCAGAUUCAACAAAAGCAGCUGCUACAGCAACAACAACAACAGCAUUUGCAGUUUCUUCGACACAAGGAGAUGCAGCAACAGCACCUGUAUCAGUUGGCGCAGCAGAGACAACAGCAACAACAACAGGGCGGAAAACUAACUCCCUACGAUACCGAAGACCCUGACGGUCUAAUUUCGCCAUCGCUUCACUCCACUGGGGGUCAUUACACCAGACAGCCUAAUAAUUUCGCUCCGGGAACUGGUCUCCCCGCGGCUCAGCCGCUGGAAGAGCGCCGGCGGAAGAAGAAGGAGGAGCUCCUUGACGAGGCCAUGGAGGCCCAUUUGCCCUUUGCUCAGUGGAAUGGACCUACCAUCGUCGCAUGGCUUGAGCUAUGGGUGGGAAUGCCGGCGUGGUACGUCGCUGCAUGCCGAGCCAACGUCAAAUCCGGCGCGAUAAUGGCCGCGCUCUCCGAGCAGGAGAUCCAGAGGGAAAUAGGCAUCAGUAAUCCCCUUCACAGACUGAAACUCCGAUUGGCCAUUCAGGAAAUGGUCGCGUUAACCGCGCCCACUCCGACACCGAGGCCUAACACGAGCCGAUUGGCGUUUGGAGAUAUGGAUCACGAGUGGAUUGGGAACGUGUGGCUGCCGGGUCUUGGCUUGGCGCAGUACCGACCGGCCUUCAUGGAGUGCCUGGUGGACGCACGGAUGCUCGAUCACCUGACCAAACGCGAUUUACGGACUCACCUCAAGAUGGUGGACGCGAUGCACCGCACCAGCCUUCUCUAUGGCAUUGUGUGCCUCAAACGUCUCAACUACGAUCGAAGCGAGCUUGAGCGGCGCCAGAGGGAGUGCCUCCAUCGCGAAAGCAUCGAUUUGUUAGUGUGGACCUGUGAGCGAGUGCAGGCGUGGUUGGACCAGAUAGGCCUACGAGAGUAUGCAAGCCACCUGAACGGGUCGGGAGUGCACGGAGGCCUAUUGGGUCUACACACAGAGGUAGAUGCGAAUCAGUUGGCGCUGAUCUUGCAGAUCCCAUCCUCAGCCACUAAUGCUCGCCUUAUUCUGGCGCGUGAGCUGGAGAACCUAGUGCAGCGAUACCGCGCCACUGCCCCCCUCGCCGCUGCCGCCCUCGGACCCGCACCUCGCGUCCUCGCAAUGGAGGCAGCGGCUGCGGCAGCCGCUCGCACCCUUCCCUCGGCAUCUGCCACCGACUCUAUCGACGGUGAGAGUGGAUCUCCACCGAUUAACGGUGGCACCGACGUCGAGAAGUCCCUUCCAGCAGUAACGAUGCAGUCAGCUGUGGAAAACCAACCGCAUCUUCCUACCUCUGCAAUUCUUACCUCAACAGCGGCUCAGAAAAGCCACAGCGGUGCAGAGUCAACAACCGAGAGCCACGCGAAUGCGCAUCCCACCACAUCCGCUAUCACCGCCUCGACUACUUCCUCAACGAUAACGCCAACGCCCCCUGCCAUUAGCGCACCACCAGCAACACCGCUGGCUGGCCCGCGGAGCAAAAAGGGCGCCGCCCCCCCUCCCCCCUCGACGCCUGCCCAGACAAGGUCGAAGACGUAG